CUAAUCCCCAUUUUCAUCAUUGCAGCACAAAAAAAGCUAUUCCUAAGAUCCUUUAGAUUCUCUUCCUUCUCUUGUCCUACCAAACAUUCUCCCUUGUUUUAGGAAAGCAAACAAGAUGAUCAGUGCAAGGAAUCUUAUUAAACUGGCAAGGAAAUGGCAAAAAAUGGCAGCAAUUAAGAGAAAAAGAAUCACAUUCUCGACCACAGCAUCAAUGGUGGAGAAGGGUCACUUUGUGGUAUAUAGCGCUGAUAAGAAGCGUCGCUUUAUGCUUCCAUUGGAAUAUCUGAAGAACGAAAUGGUGAUGGAGUUGUUCACCUUGGCAGAAGAAGAGUUUGGAAUUCCAAGCAAUGGACACCUGAUUUUGCCCUUUGAUUCAACCUUCAUGGAAUAUACUAUUGGAUUGAUCAAAAGGAAAGCAAGUAAAGAAGUGGAGAAAGCAUUGAUUAUGUCUAUAGUUAAUGACCGUUGCUCAUCAUCAUCAUUGAAUCUCUAUCAGCAAGAAACAAGGCAACAGUUACCAAUAAGGAGUUUCUAAAGCCAAAUUUUGUUUUCAGUUUUGUAAACGAUAACAGUUAACACCAUUGUACAUUAACAUAUAUAAUGAGAAAACCCACGAUU